UUCUUUCUGUUUUGCCUUUUUAACUGUAUUUGUAGUUUCUUAUGAUUGUUGAUCUUGAUGGUUGAUUGUUUUCAUUGAUAGAUCUAGUUCCAUUUUCACUGACGUGGUUUUCUGGAAAUCAUUUUAGAAGCAGUUACUUGAAGUUAUAUUUCUUGCCAUGUCUAAAGUUACAUUCAAAAUAACUUUGACAUCUGAUCCGAAGUUACCUUUCAAAGUUCUAAGUGUACCAGAGAAUACACCAUUUACUGCUGUUCUAAAAUUUGCAGCUGAAGAGUUUAAAGUUACACCUGAAACAACGGCAAUUAUAACUGACAGUGGAAUUGGAAUUAACCCAUCUCAAAAUGCUGGUGAUGUAUUUCUGAAAUAUGGAAGUGAACUUCGUUUGAUUCCCAGGGAUAGAGUUGGUUUUUCGCAUUCAAUCCUUUGUUGUUUAUAGCAUGAUCUGUGUAAAUAAAAUUAUUACAAUACUUA